GCGGGGAACCAGUUUAUUGCCGUGAGAGAAUGGAAUGGCCAUACUGUAAGGCCUACUUUCGUUAUGAUUUUGGAAUUGCCACAAACUCCAUUGGCAUAGUCUGAUCAUAGGCCUAGUAGGACUAGGUCUACCUUCCCCUACGAGUAAUGUUGGAGUUGUAGUGUAACGGAAUAUAGCUGACUGGAACUUUGAUCAAGUCUAGACGUCAUAGGCGUAGGCCUAUUCAGUCUGCGCGGCUGUUAUGUUCAGUUCACCUCAGAUGGCUAGUUUAAUGAUCGUCUUAAUUGUAGUCAUCGUUCAGAUUAAUUUUGGUGAUGCUAUCCCAGUUUCUGGUGAAAGCUGUGGGAGAUGGGAACAUUUGGAGGAGGUGUCUAACUGUCCAAGGAAUAAAGCAGAAUGGGAGGAAGCAACAAAGAGGAAGAAUUGUAGCAAGUUACAGGAGAUGAAAAACUGUGAAACUGCAACAUACCACUGCUUAGUCGAUUCCACUAGAAUGAGUUUGGUGGAGGUAUGCACAGUACCUCGGAAUUUAAAUGGACACUGUCCACUUUUUUAUCAAAAUAAGUUUCCAUUUGUGAGGAAUGACUACAAAAGGGAUUGCUCUAAUUAUUCUGAUGAAGACAAAUGUGCAGCAUUUUAUAGUUCAACAGAUGCAUACAAGUAUCAAGCCUGUUAUAACAUUACAAGGCAAUCAGAACUGGGCAGCACAUUAACACAACAAACAACCACCGAAUUACCCUCUAAACCAGCUAGUACUAGUGUCACGGAAACUGAACUGACCACUGAAGUGGAGAAUACACCUGAAGUGAACAUCACACUGGUACAAGGACCUACAGAACAAAAAAGCAUGCACACUGACGACACUUGGGCCUUUGUGUUUUUGAUUCUACCAGUGAUGAUGAUAUACAUUAUCUGUGUAAUGUACUGUUGGAAACGUAGGAGUAUGACCUGGAGGCAAGCUUUGUGUCUCGGUUGUGAUGUCCAGUGCAACAGAUGUAAAAGACAUACAAAUAUAGACAGGGAAGAUACUCAAGCUCACCUUUUGCAAUUCAGUAACAUGGCAGAUCAAUCCAAAUCAAAAGCAGAAAACAACACGUCAUCUUCACAACCAGCAGAGAACAACACAUCAUCUUCACAACCAGCAGAGAACAACACAUCAUCUUCACAACCAGCAGAGAACAACACAUCAUCUUCACAACCAGCAGAAAACAACACAUCAUCUUCACAACCAGCAGAGAACAACACAUCAUCUUCACAACCAGCAGAGAACAACACGUCAUCUUCACAACCAGCAGAGAACAACACAUCAUCUUCACAACCAGUAGAAAAUAUUACAUCAUCUUCUCAACCAGCAGAGAACAUUGCAUUGUUAUCAGAAAAUUGUGUAAGUGCUGUUGAUAACCAAUCUUUGUCGCAGAACAAUGGCUCUGUUGUGCAGAGCAAUGGCUCAGUUGUGCAGAACAAUGGCUCUGUUGUGCAAAAGGACUCCUCAACUUCUGAAGACCAGAUCCCAAAUCCAGAAAACAAUAUUCCCCACAAUGACAUUUUUGUUGCACCUUCUUCUCAAAAUGAUUCUACCAGUUACACCCAGGAACCAAAGAAAAUCUCCCCAGGAACACAAAACAUGGUUCCAUGCUUAGAUCAACAGAAAAUUGGUGGGGAAACUUUAGGAUCAAUGACAGAAGUGCAUCAAGGGGAACAAAACCAUAAUCAAAAUAACACAGUAUCAAAUAGCUACCCACAUGUGUGUAGUGAGGAUUCCUCUGAUAUAAAGGGAGAAGGUGUAGUGGAUGUGGAUAUAGCAGCAGAAGACUGCAAUACAGAGCAACCUAAAGCAACCAGUGCAACCAGUGCAUCCCGCGUGACAGUUACAAAGUACAUGAAAAAAAAGAAACGAGGAAGGAGUAGCACAGUACUUAUAGAAUAUGGUUCACAGCAAUGUGCUGACAAAGAGACAUCAGAUAAAGAUAUUGAAUAUCUAGCUAAUGGAUUAGUUAAAGGAGACAAAAGAAUCCUGGACCUGUUGAGUGUACAAUAUGAACUGGAGGGACGUAUCAGAUAUUUAGAGAUAAAAGUAAGCAGUGUCAAUUCAUUAAUAUGCAAGUUGGAAGAGGAGCUGUCUGAGGAAGUUUGCAGUCUAGAAGAAAUGACCUGUAAGAAAACUAUUAAAAACAGAGUGACCUACUUAGAUAGUUCCUUUGGAUGCAUUUUGAAAAGGAUAGAGAAAUUGGAACAAAGCUUCAGUCCAUCGCAACAAGGACCUUCAGCUGAAGCCAGUGGUGAAACCUCUAAACCAGAUGAUAAUACAGUUAAAGGAGCAUGUGGAACUGAUUUGCCCAAAAGAGUAAAAUUCCUGGAGGACACGUUACAUGAUAUUGAAGAAAGGAUUUACAGAUUUUAUAAGGAAACAUAUGGGAAAACUGGACAAUUGAAAGUUCUUCUUGCUAAACUGGAGGGAUUGGAGUGUGUUGUUGAUCAAGUUGAACAUGACCAUGGGGUACCAAUGUCCACUACUUCCAAAGCAAAGGAGGGAAACACAAUGGAAAUGGCAAACAAGGCACCACAGAGAGUGCUUCAACUUUUUGAACGAAUAGAGAAUUUAGCCCCAUAUAUUUGGAAAUGAUCUGUUUUUCAUGUGUAGUUUUAAAUGAAACUGUGUUCAGAAUGAAUUGAAAUAUGGUUACUUGUGAGAUAAACAAUAUGUAGCUCACCUGAGCUAUAAGCUGAAGUGAGCUUUUUGUUGACCGGUGUUUAUUUGUCUGUCCAUCUGUCUGUAGAUGAUUCACAUUUUGACUUCUCCAGAAGCACACAGCUAGGGUUCUCCAUAAGUAUACACAUACUGGGAUGAAUGGUGUAUGAAUGAACUAUGUAUGGAGGACCAAAUUAGCAUAAACUCAAAUAAUUAAAGAUAUCUUAAAUUAUUUGAAGAUAUCAAUUAAUUUGAUGAACACAAACAAUUCAGUUAAAAAUCUCUUCAAAUAAUUAAUAAUCAUCAAUUCUGUAUUAUUGCAUGCAUUCAUUAAAUGGGUAAUAGCAUUAAUUAUUCUGCUGAAUUGAUGAGUGCUAUAAUUGAAUUAUUGCUCUCUUCAAAUGAAUUGAUGAUUCAACAAUUGAAUUGAUGUGCAUUGCAAUUCUUUUGAAGAGAGCAAUAAUUCAAUUAAUGUGAGCAAUGAUUCUUUUAGAGAGAGCAACUAUAAUAUAUAAUUAGAGAUAUAUCUUCAAUUCAAGACAUCCACAACUAAAUUAAUGAUCUAUUUAAUUGAAUAUUUGCUCUCUUUAAAAGAAUUGAUGUGCGCAUUAAUUUCUUAUACAAGAGCGUUUGAAAUAAUUGAAGAUAUCUUCAAUUGAAUGAAAGAGAUUAUUAAAUCAUUUAUACCCCAAAUGCAAUUUUGGAGUAAUAAUUCCAUGACAUUGAUGUGCGAAUUAAUUGAAUUGAUGAGAGCAAUAAUUGAAUUGAUGUGCACUACAAUUCAGUAAUUGUGUGCAAUAAUUAAACUGAUGAUAUCUUCAAAUAAUUAAAGAUAUCUUUAAUUAUUUGAGUUUAUAUUAAUCUGGUACUCCAUAAGUAUGAAGUUUUCAUUUUUAUUUAAAAAUGUGUUGCUGCAUAAAAUGUUGUAACUAUUAAUCUAGUAUGCAAGUUUGAUCAAUCGAGGGCUUUCCAACCCAGGCACCAUACUAUAAACUUCAUAUGAGCUCUGGGGCAAUAAAACAUUCAAACAAAAACAACCCCAAAAA